UUACUCCGUCAAAAUCAAUCCCUUGAAUAGAACAAAACACUGCUGAGCUUAUCUUAACUGUAUCGAAGUAUUUAUAUUUUUCUACAAUCUACAAAAUUGAAAUAAUAUAGAGCCAUGCAUAAGCUACCCCAGAAACUGAAAAAUGAGGAUCGGCAGAGCUUCGUGGCCACGCGGAUGAGUGUGCCGCUCUUCAUGCUGUCACGCAAUCGCAUCAGGGAGGAUGAAUUGCCGCAGCUCAAGAGCCAAUUCAAGUUGGCUGGAAAGCACUACAAUCAGGAUUGCAAGAAGGAGAAUCGUGGUGAAGGCGCCAGCAAGGCCACCUUUGACCACUAUCGGCACGUCACGGGCUAUGACAAGCAGCCAAAGAACCCGUAUCCGGAGCGUCGCAGCCUGCGCAUUGACCGUACCAUGACCACGUGGAAGGGAUGGCAGCUGCCACCGAAUCACUACGGGGUGCCUCCGGUGCCCUACCUCAGGAAGAAGGGCUCCAAGGGAACGACGUUCGCCAAGCAGCACACAAAUCACGCACGCGUCUCGACAAAGCCGCCUCCAUUCAAAUUCUACGAUCUUCCGUCGGAAAUCGAGCGUCUGUUUAAGCGGGACAAUCUGCAGAAAGGGAUCUUCCUAUCGAAUGCCCGCGAUCGUCCAGCGACCACCCGUUUCAUGGUCUCCAGUGAGACGGGCUGCUGGCGUAACCCCGCCGAUCCGGGGCCCGCCGACACCCACUCGAACAUCCACGAGGUGCAGAAGAACAUGGUGCCGGUCACGAAGACUGCUCGCCCCAAUCCGCACCUAUUCCUGCGCCAAUCGUGCGUCCCCACGAAGCCCAGCUUUAUGAUGCGGCGCCACAUAACCUUUGAGCCAGGGCCAGGACGUUACGGCACCAGCUACGCGACCAGCUGUCCUUGUCCGUCGGGAAAGAUAAGCAAGCCGGGCCUGCAGCUUCUGAUUGACGAGCAAAAGCGCCUGAAGUUCCGUCGCUUGCCGUACAAGCGGAUCAAGAAGGAACGCUACUGCGAUCCCGAUUGGCGUCACGUCCAGGGUGGGGGCCACCAGCACAUCUUCCUCAUGAGCGAGAAAGACAAGCCAAAGCCGAAGAAGAAGGACGCCAUCGCGAAGAAGGAGGCCAAGAAGCCGGAGAAGAACCUCACCCUUUUCGCUGAUGCCAAGUACGUAAAUAUGGUGACCAAUCCCCUGCACAUUCCCAUGUCGGUGCGGAGUUUCCCGGUGCCCGAGUACGUGCCAAAGAUCGUCUACAACUGCGUGGCCAAGCGGGCGGUGCGAAAGCAGCUGAAGAACAACAAGAAGAUCGCCUUCAACAGCGGCCAGGAGCGUUGGAAGGACGCCGAACGCCCACUCCAGCUGACGGCACGCCAGUUGGAGGCUAUCAAGGAGAGCCUGCCCGAGGAUAGGCGCCUCAUUGAUCGCCCCGUGGUGCUGCCCUCCACGGAGAUCACCGGCAAGCUCUUCCACGUCCCCGACCACCAGAAGGUCACCUUCAUGCCCAAGCUGCGCAAGCGUCUGUUCAAGUUCCUUCCGAUUCCCGGGGCCAAGGUCCUUGUCACCGAUGGGGAUAUACGGCCCAACAUUGUCUUCGAUCCCGAUCACCCCUCCGGCUUGUACCGCAAGAGGCUGGACGAGACGAAGUUCUUCAAGGACUCGGUACUAAAGCUCCUGGCCGAAAAGAGAAGCACAGCAGAUCUGGCAACGGCAACGAGCAUGGUGAGCAUGGCCUCCCACGUAACGCAUGUCGGGGAAGACGAGGAGAACGAGGCCACUGAGGCCGUUCAGGCCGUUCCGGCCGUUCAGGCCACCGAAGCCACGGAGGUGACUGAUCAGCGGCCAGGGACGGUAGUCGGCUUUACCGAGAAGGAGAACAGGUCGUCGGCUCUCUCCGCUUCUAAAGCUCGUUCUGGGUCCGCCUCCAAGGAGCCAGCUCGUGCUGGGUCCGGUUCCAAAGAAGCAGCUCGUUCCGGCUCCGCUUCCAAGGGAGCUGCUGCUGAUGCUCCCUCCGACGGCUGAGGUCACAAUUAAAAUUUAACAAAGAUCCACGUUUACAUAGUUAUAAUA